UCUAUCUGUAUCUGCCUCCCUCUCUAUCUCCGUGUUUUAUGUCUGCGUCACAACAAGUCGCUCGGAGAGAGACAGAGAGCGAGGGAGGAGGAUGAAGAUGGCGUCUCUGGCGGCUUGAUAUACGCUGGCGGUCGCUCAGAAUAAAACGGCAAAGGCAGUUCGGUAGCGUUGAGGCAGCCAGCGGUGAAGAAGAAGGUGAUGAUGAUGAUGAUGAUGAGGAUGAUGCACUCGCAGCCUGGCCGCGAAUCGGCGUGACCCCGACGGGAAGGAAGGAAGGACGGCAGGAAAUCGGACGGAAGGAGUUGGACUUUACAGAAGGAUGGGGAGAGUGAGCGAGGGGGACGAUGUGCUGGCCAGAUGGAGCGACGGGCUCCUCUACCUGGGCAACGUCAAGCGGGUAGACGGCGUCAAGCAAUGCUGCCUGGUCAGAUUUGAAGACAACUCCGAGUUCUGGGUCCUCAGAAAAGACAUCCACUCGUUUGCAGCCGGCGUGGAAGAAGUUUGCUGUAUCUGCGAGGCCCCGCCUCUUAAAGAGCCCCUCGUAAAUUGUCUGAAAUGCCGCCACGGUUACCACGCCGAGUGCCACACGCCCAGCAUCGAGCCCGAAGCCGACAGCGAAUCCUGGAUAUGUCGCCAGUGCGUCUUUGCCGUCGCAACCAAGAGAGGCGGUGCCAUCAAACGAGGCCGCUUUGCCCGCCUGAUGCACUUCAUGAAACUGCGGCUGCCCUAUCAGCUGACCUCGCUGGACUGGGACCCGCAGCAUCUGUCCAAUCAGCAGCAGUGUUACUGCUACUGCGCCGGACCUGGAGAGUGGAACCUGAAGAUGCUUCAGUGUGCCAGCUGUGGCCAGUGGUUCCACGAGGCCUGCACUCAGUGUCUCACCAAGCCUCUCCUCUACGGGGACAGGUUUUAUCAGUUCCAGUGCUCAGUGUGUAAUAAAGGACCAGAAACCGUCAAAAGACUUCCCAUGACUUGGGUGGACUUGGCCCACUUGGUGCUCUACCACCUGUCCCUGUGCUGCAAGAGGAAGUACUUUGAUUUCGACCAUGAAAUCUUGUCCUUCACCAACGAGAACUGGGACUCGUUGCUCCUGGGCGCGCUCUCAGACACGCCGAGGCAAGAGCGAUGUCACAACCUCCUCAACGCACUCAACUCCCAAAAGGACCGGUUUGUCUCUGGGAAAGAAAUCAAAAAGAAGAAGUGUCUUUUUGGGCUUCAGGUUCGAGCCCCGCCCCCACUGUCGUCGGAUUCGUCGCCCCUCAUCACCGAGCCGCCCAUCAACAUCUCCCACCGCAGAAGCCCGCUGUCACUGCCGUGCCAGAGGAGGCUGUCCGGACCCGAGUCACGCAAAUCAAAGCGCCGCAUCAUGGAGACGCAGGCUUGUCCGGCCCCGGUUUCGUCCAACCCCAUCGAGCUGCUGCCAUGUUGCCACGGCUACAUGGGAGGGGACAGCCUGUACGCCCCUGCCAAGCCCGAGGAGGAACUCCACCUGAGUUCUCCCCCGAAGCGGAUGUACGCACUCUACCACACGGCACUCUCCCGAGGUCUCCAUUCCUGCAACAGCAUGGACGAUAGCUGCCGAGUAGCCCCGCCCUGCUUCCCGUACCAGCUGACCUCGGGCCAGCACCUGCAACCGGGACAUAAGCAAGCAGAGGCCAUCCUGCUACACGACUUGCCGCCAUACCCGCAGGCAGACGCGCUCGGCGGGGGCGGCGACGGGACGGAAGACGGCCGGCUUCCCAGGAGUUGGAGCGGAGGCGAGGCGGUGAGAAUCCUGGCCAGACGCGUGACGCCGGACGGGAAGGUGCAGUACCUAGUGGAGUGGGACAACGUGGGCUUGUACUGAACUCCACGCACUGACUGAAAGGCACGAAAUAGGGAAGAAAAGGCGGCAAAAUGCAGCGGGUUGCUGCCGCUUGGGUCGGUCCUAUGUCCUCAUGCGUUCCUGGGAUGUUUGUACUCUUGCCUUUUGGAGAUCGAGGCUCCUCCAGCCCAGCCGCUGACAGAGCACCGAGCGGGCAGAUCCACUUUCAAGCUUUACAAAACGGCUACAAAUACGUCAAAAGCUGAUUCGUCCUUUCUUGUACAGUGGUGCCUUGAGCUAUGAGUUGAAUUUACGCCGUGACGACGUCAUUGACACAAAACACUCGUAUCUCAAACCAUCUUUCAGACUUGAAUCAGGUGCCAGCUGCCCCCGCCCCACCCUCUAAAAAUCCAAUAACAAUUGUUGUCAUGUCUUCUUUAACGGUAAAAAUAACACUCUGUGACAGUGUACUUUCUAAAAACAUG